AUGUCAGUUUUCGUAACAGGUGCCACUGGCUACAUUGCUCAACAUGUGGUCAAGGAGCUCUUGGCACAAGGAUACAAAGUGAUUGGAUCAGUGAGGUCAGAAGCAAAAGGGGAGUACUUAUCAAAACUAAUUAAUUCACCACAAUUUUCUUUUGCCGUUGUUCCUGAUAUUGCUGCCGAAGGGGCCUUUGAUCAUGUAUUGCAGGAACACGAGAGUAUUGGGACCUUCAUUCAUACUGCAAGUCCAGUUGAUUUUGAAGUAAGCGACAUUCAGACUGGUCUUUUGGACCCUGCCAUAGAAGGUACAAAGAACGUUUUAUUGGCGGUUGAGAAGUAUGGCAAGAACGUCAGAAAUGUCAUUGUCACAUCCUCCACUUCUGCUGUUCGUGAUGUAAGUGGCAAGAGGCCCUCAAACAGUCUCCUCACUGAAUCGUCGUGGAAUGAAAUUUCAAUUGAACAGGGAUUGAAAAAUCCAAGAUUGGGCUAUGCUGCCGCUAAAACAUUUGCUGAAAAGGAAGUUUGGAAGUUUGCGAAGGAAAAUCAAGACAAAUUUAAUGUGACAACGGUCAACCCCACCUAUGUGUUUGGACCUCAAGCAUUCAAAGUUCAAAAUAAGGAUCGCUUGAAUGACUCCGCAGAGUACGUGAACAAAAUUUUGAAAUUGAAACCAGACGAAAAGAUUCCUACAUUUGUUGGAUUGUUUAUCGACGUGAGAGACGUUGCCAGAGCACAUGUGGCGGCAAUUAAAAACCCAAAGGAGUUCAAUGGACAAAGAUUGGUGCUUAUAAACUCUGCGUGGACAAACGAACUUCUUGCAGCAAUUAUCAAUAAGCAGUUCCCAGAAGUUGCCAUCCCCAAGGGAAGCAUCGGGGCCAGUGACGAGGAGUUGAAAAAGGCAGACUUAAAGUGGGAUAAUUCAAAGACAAAGCAGCUCUUAGGCUUUGAAUUUAUUCCAAUUGAAAAAUCCGUUACUGAUGCUGUCCAACAACUCCUUGACUCGUAA